AUGGACCCCUACCACUAUCCCACCACCGGCAAACCACCACCUCCAUCCCCACCAAAAAAACAACUACAAAUCCAAGGCCCUAGACCUUCAGCUCUAAAAGUCCACCAUGAGUCGCACAAAAUCAAGAAACCACCUCUCCCUCCGCCAAGACAGCCUGUCAUCAUCUAUGCAGUCUCUCCAAAGAUCAUCCACACAGAGGAAUCCAACUUCAUGUCUGUCGUCCAACGGUUAACAGGUCUCUCCUCCGGUGACUUCUCUUACGAUGGAUCUGUUUCUCCAGCUGCAAGACUUGCUGCCACUGAGAAAGCAAGCCCAAGAGAAUUAACAAGACCAAUUACCACUCAUGAUAGUAGUAACGAUGAUCUGAUGGAGAUAAUAAAACAUAUGGAUGUUGGUCAAUUUCCGGGGAUCUUGUCACCGGCACCAGCGACGAUACCGCCGGUACCAACUGGGUUUUUCUCUCCAGCGUCAACAGAUGCAAACUCAUCACUAUCUUUCCUGAAUGACAAUUUUAUGAGUCCAUUCUUUAUGGCCAGUCCUUCAGGUUAUCUUUCAGGUCCUAGUAUAGUUUCUCCUUUACAUUCACCAGAUAUUUUUAGCAGCCUGUUUAUGGAUUCGUAG